AUGCCGACUCAACCCCUCACUUGUUCCAGCAUGGAGCAUGCUACUCAAAAGAUAGUGAUCGAAGACUUUGUCAAUAGAGCCAGAACAGUGGCUGCACUGCGACCGGAUGACCAAGAGGCCUUGCGUCGGGCUCGAGUGGCUAUCCGAUUCUAUCGCAGCUUUUGCAGUUCUUGUCCAACUCCCGGGCUUCAGACAUUGCGCCAUAUCAUCGGCUACGUCCGUGACUGGGUUGACCAGGAGGGUAGGAUGCAUCGAUCAGAGGAGACCAAAACAUUGAUGUCUCUAGAUCGCACCUGCAAACUAUUUCAACAUAUUGCAGAAGAGCAUAUAUACCGCCUAUUGCCAUUCAGAGGGCGCUUUUCGGAAGUAUGGCGGUUUCAUUUCUCAAUCAGUGGCGAGCCUCGUCGCGCCAACCUUAUCCGAUCACUCUACAUUUGGUGGGGUGACGAGUACCAAAGACUGAUUGACAUCGUCCGAACCUGCCCAAAUCUUAAGAGUUUGGCGCUGAGAUGGGCACCUGGAUGCGCAUUCCAAGAAUUAACGCCCGAGUAUCUCAAAAAACACCGAGAGAAUAUAAAGACACUACUCCAAUCAUGCCCUCAAGUCAGGACCUUCAAGUUCUCGGGGGCUUCACACACACAUCGUGAAGUAACGGCCCCGGAAAUGCAUAUCGAGCAGUUCUAUAAAGAGCUCACCGAACUUGAAACAGACAUGAGCUCUGCUUGGGCGACGUAUGCCUUAUCAAAGUAUGACUUCUCCAAUCUAACGACCCUGAGUCUCGGACAACCAUAUUCCGGUUCUGCGAACUAUUUUCUAUAUAAGAUUCCGCCUGAGGUUUUUAGAAAUAUUCUGCGGUUAAGGAAAUUAGCUCUGAGUGUUCGUGAAGAUGUCGGAAAUCUGAUUCAAUUUCUUCCAGCCCUAGAAGAGUUCUUGGUGCUUUCAAUACGCGUCACAAUAGUGACACGAACGAUGAUUGAUAGCAUCACGAGGAUCAGUUGCCCGACGACAUUGCGACUUCGGACUGUCAUUUUGGGAGGACAUCAUAAAUGCCACAUACUUAAACCAUAUCGAACAUCGGAGGAACUCAUAGACUCGGCUCUUCAGUCUAUGAUCGACACACUAUACCCAACCUUGGAGACGCUGUAUCUGGGCUGCCACCGGCCAGUGCAAAGCCCAUGCCUUGAUCAUCUAAAAAAGGCCACCAAUUUGAGAAGACUCAGGAUAUUCUUCGAGGAAGACUGUACCGAGUUUCAAAACCUACAGCAAGAACAGCAGGUAAUGGACAGUGAGUAUCCGUGUUUAGCUGUUGGCGAGCCUUUUGAAUCGCAAUUGCAUGGACAUGAACGAGGCUGGGAUGAAAAGAUAUGGUAA